CUUCCCCGGGUGCUGGCGGGGUCGGGGCCCACAGGAGUCCGCUAGUCCGCAGCCCCGGGGCCGGCGACGGCUGCUCUUCCCGUUCGUUCGCCGGCCCGAUGGAAGAACCUUCUGGGAAGCCCCUCAGUUUUGAGGAGAAGGAAAAGUUGAAGGAAAAAUUAGCAUUCUUGAAAAGAGAAUAUAGCAAGACUCUGGCCCGUCUUCAGCGGGCCCAAAGAGCUGAGAAGGUUAAGAAUUUUAUUAAGAAAACAGUGAAAGAACAAGAUUCUUUGCUCCAGCCAGAAGUUUCACCACAGCUGAACCACUCAGAACCUAAAACUAAAGUAUCUUCUUGUGAUGCAUUACAAAUCAACACCCGUCUCAAUGAAGAAACUGGAGACGUUGAGCCUGAGUCCUCCAACGCUGGACAUGGCCCAGUGGAAGGAUUACACAUGCAGAGAACAGAUGAUAUACAGGAGGAUUUUGCCUGCAGUGUCAGUGGCCCUGGUGGUGAGAAAAGGCAGAGUAAGCUUCCAGGGAGAAGAAAGAAGCAACAGAAGAGAACAUUCAUUUCACAAGAGAGGGAAUCUUUCUUUGACCCUGAUCCACUUAACCUGUCUAGAAAAAAACUAAAGGAACAAGAAGAAAUCAAUAGAGAAAAUCCUGAGACACCUGUAGCUAAAAUAAGAACUAACUUUCCAAGUCCUCAGUCUGACCUUCCAGAUUCUCAAGCACCAGUUACAGAAACUAAUGGAGGGCGUGUUUUAAUUCCACCAAAGGCCAAACCACAAAGCAGUGUGGAUGCUCUUUCAGGAGGGAACCAUCUCCCCAGGGUGUCCCCACCUCCUCUGCAUACUCCAUCAGACAGCAGUAGUGGUCAGCCCCUCCAACAUCAGCCUUCUAAAAGGAACUGUGAACGUAUUCCUCAUGGCUUAAAAAACAUUAGCCCUACCUCACCUGUCAACUUAGAGGCACAGGACAAAAAAAUGACUGUCUUUACAGGUAACCCAGAGGUAAAUAAAACUGUAGGUCCAAGUGGCCAGCUGCCUAGAAGUCUUGACUUAGAGGCUGAUAAUGCAUAUUCUGUAAAUGAAUUCCCUUAUAGCUUAUCAGCAAAUGAAAACCAAAGCUUAAAAGAACAAGAUCACACAGAGAAGUCUUCAGAAUCUCCCAGUAGUGCUCUUGAUGGUAGAAAUGAACAUUUUCAGGAAAGUGAGGUUCUGAGUCAGUGUAAAAGUCUUGGCCCAGAAAUAAUCUCUCCUGUUUCUGCAGAAAAUCAAGCACAUUCUUGCACCGUGCUUGAAGGCCUUUUUCCUGCAGAAUAUCAUGUAAGAACAACGCAACAUAUGUCAAAUUGCCAGAGGAAAGCAGCCAUGGAGGCUGUAAUUCAAAGUCACUUGGGUGUCAAAAAGAAAGGCAUUAAAAAUAAUAAAAAGGAAGCUACUAAAAUUUUAAAAUUUUCCAAUGAAGAAACUAACCAAGAUGAAUUUAGGGUGUAUGACAGGUGCACAGAAAAAGCAAGUUCAAGAAGUCCUUUUCAGAGACUUCCCUCAUUAACUGAAGUCAGCUCUCCCACUGGGCACACCACGGAUGACUUUUCUAGGACUUCGGUUACACAGUCAUCUGGUAGAAGACACAGAGGGAAAAGAAAGUCAGUCCCCAACCCUACAUUACAUCAUCAUGAACUACUUUUGCCCACUUCUGGCGCAUCAGGUGUUAAUAGGUCCAAGGACAAAGAUCAGAAUGAAAAAGCAGUUAUUCAUGACUUUCAGUUACCUGAUGAAGACUUUGGAUCUCUUAAGCUUGAAAAACUGAAGUUCUGCUCAGAAAAGCUGAUUGAGCCUUUCGGAUCAAACGUGUAUGGAGAGAGGCAUCUGAAAGAGAGAAAUUAUCUUGUUUUGGAGGAACUGACUCCUAAGCAAAUCCACAUGGAAAUGGAGGACUUGGAAGAGGAACUGAUUGUUCUACCAGGAAAAGCACCUCCUGAAAUGACAGAGCUAAAAAGCCAGCCUGGGCAGAAGGGCCUUUCCUCGCCCGCAUUACUCUUCACUCCUGUAAAUACUGUUACACCGGAUGGUAGUGGCCGACCGACAGCAGAUGUGUGCUCCCCCGCUUUCCCCGUCUUAGGCACUACUCCAGCUCUUGGCUCCCCGACACGCUGUGACAAAGUGUCUGCAGAGGUUGUUGAACUAACUUGCUCUUCACCCCAGCUUUCUCCUGGGAAAGCCAGUGACAGUAAGCAAUGCCACAGUUGCACCAGCCAACCAAAAUUAGAUGGCAGCCUGCGUGUGACGGGAAGGAAGGGACAGCCUGGCGGUGCCUACGAUUCUGGUCCCCAAGCAACACCUUUCCCCACUGAGUCAUUCCCUUCCAAAGAAAGUCCACCCUGUGGAAGCAAAUGCCCUGACUCAUGGGAACAUUCCAUCGAACAGACUGAAUUAGCAGACGUUCCUGCUUGUGACAGCUUAAACCCAGGCAACCUACAGUUGGUUUCAAAGUUAAAGAAUCCUUCAGGUUCCUGUUCCGUGGAUGUGAGUGCCAUGUGGUGGGAAAUAGCUGGUGUCAAAGAGCCGUGUAUCAUAACUGCUUGUGAAUAUGCAGUUUCUCUUUGGAAACCUCUGGAUACUGGGCAGUGGGAAAAAAUGUAUUCCUGGCACUUUGCAGAGGUUCCAGUGUUACAGAUAGUUCCCAUGCCUGAUGUGUGUAAUCUUGUGUGUGUGGCCUUGGGGAAUUUGGAAAUCAGAGAAAUCAGGGCAUUACUUUGUUCCUCUGAUGGUGGAUGUGAAAAGCAGGUGCUCCUGAGGACUGGAAAUAUACACGCUGUGCUUGGCCUGACAAAGAGGAGGCUAGUCAGCAGCAGCAGGACCCUCUGUGAUCAGCAAGUAGAGAUCAUGACACUUGCAGAAGGAGGAAGUGAAGAAAAACAGUUUCUGAUGCCUCCCGAAGAGACGGUACUAACUUUUGCUGAGGUUCAAGGGACACAGGAAGCUCUGCUUGGUACCACUAUAAUGAACAACAUUGUUAUUUGGAAUUUAAAAACUGGUCAGCUCCUGAAAAAGAUGCACAUUGGUGACUCCUACCAAGCCUCCGUCUGUCACAAAGCCUAUUCUGAAAUGGGGCUCCUUUUUGUUGUUCUGAGUCAUCCUUGUGCCAAAGAGAGGGAGCCGUCGGGAAGCCCCGUGUUCCAGCUCAUUGCGAUCAACCCCAAGACGGCCCUGAGCGUGGGUGUGAUGCUCUACUGUCUUCCUCAAGGGCAGGCUGGGAGGUUCCUGGAAGGUGAUGUGAAGGAUCAUUUCGCAGCAGCGGUAUUGACUUCUGGAACAAUUGCCAUUUGGGACUUACUUCUCGGUCAUUGUACUGCUCUUCUUCCACCCAUCUCUGACCAGAACUGGUCUUUCGUUAAAUGGUCAGGUACAGAUUCUCAUUUGCUUGCUGGACAAAAAGACGGAAACAUAUUUGUAUAUUUAAUAAGGUAGGGUAAGGUAAAAACACGGUGUUCUGGAUAUAUUUGGCCUCCUAGUAUUCUUUGGAGUUGUAGCUAUAAGGAAAGUAUCAGAAUGGCAUUUAAAGUAAUUGUAUUCUUUUAGACAUUUAUUCUGAUGGUGAUGGCCCUACUGAUCUUUAAUGUUCAUUUAUACAUUGGGGGAAAGGACUUGAGGUUAAUUUUUGUAAUUCCUCCAUUUGUGCAUUUGCUUUUAAAAGUGUACAUAAAGCUUCAAAUGUUAAUAAAUAUUUAUUUUGCAUGCUCUCCCUCCUGGGAGCAUGCCCACA